AUGAUGCUUAUGGGGGCUUUUGUUACACGCGCCACCGUCUCUGGCGCGUCUCCAAGUCGAUCUCCCAACUCUGCUAGCCUCGUGCGGAAUGAAGAUGGCAGUUGCACGAGUGCUGGCAAAGUGGCCGAGACAGACAGACUGCUCUUUAAUGUUGACAUGAUCACUUUCACAAGGGCUCGGGAUGCUCAGAACCCGCCUUGCUUAGACUGGUCAUCCGAUGGCUGCACCCACGUGCCUGAUGCUAAGCAUGGGAUAUUCGACUUCCGAGCCAGCUGCCGAAGACACGACUUCGGGUACCGGAACGCCAAGGCGCAAGGGCGCUGCUCUCAGCACUUUAAGAAGCGUGUUGACCAGAACUUCAAGGCAGACAUGAAGCGCUGGUGUAAAGACAAUGUCAGCUGGUUUUGGCAUCCGCUGAAGAGGGCGAAGUGUGCCUCGGCUGCAGAGGUCUACUAUGGAGGGGUGCGAGAACUCGGGAACACGGCUUGGUGCAAGUAA